UCGAAAUAAAUACAAAGUACACGCUGCGAAGAUUGCAGCGCACAAAAGUCGACGGAUCAAAGGUAUAUCGUAAUAAUUGAUGCAGAAAAUAUUUCCAAGAUUCCACGCUCGUCUGUCCACGCUAGUCCAAUGGUCCGCCUCGGUCGAUCAUCAGGGGGGCGUGAUAUGAACGGCGGCGACGCAUCCAUGAUCAUGACCGCGACUUUCAUGAAACUCGUCGGAUUAUGGACGGCGAGGAACAGGCGGGAGCGGCGCGCAAGGAAAUUCGCCCUGAUUUACACCGUGGCGGCGAUGCUGUUCGCCCUGUGGAUAGAGUUCACGGAUUUUUACCACUCCUUCGGCGAUUUUAGCACGUGUCUUUUUAAUAUAUGUAACAUCAUAUACAUAACGAUGCCCCUGUUGAAGAUAUUCGUGAUAGUUUUGAAUAAAAAAGAUUUUUUCUACCUAAUCUUCUAUACGGAGAAAAAUUUCUACAAGGAUAAUUACGACAAGCACGAGCAGCAAAUCUUCACUAACUGUCGACGUCAAUGUAUCAUUUUUGUUUGCUUUCUCACAUUUUCCACGAAAGGGACUCUCGUUUGUUACGUGCUCAGCCCGCUCGUCGAAAAUAUCGGGAAAAAUCAAUCGGAAAGGGUACUCCCGUUCAAUAUGUGGGUCAAUUUACCGCUGUCGGCGUCGCCAUAUUAUGAAAUAAUAUUCACGAUACAGGUUUUAUCCUUGUAUCACAUCGGGGUUGGUUAUUUCUGUUUCGACAACUUGCUGUGCGUUUUGAAUUUACAACUGGCCGGCCAGUUUCAAAUAUUGCAAUACAAAAUGACCAACAUGGUUGAUUUGUUGAAAGAGAAGAACGAGAAACGGAUAAUAAACUCGUCCUACUUUGCCAAGAAGUGUUACGAGGCUUUCAAGAAGUACAUCCGCGAGCAUCAGGCGCUCAUAGGUUACUGCGAGAAACUCGAAAAAGUAUUCAGUUUGAUCAUUCUUUGGCAAGUGUUGACCUUCAGUUUGAUAAUAUGCCUCGAUGGCUACCAAAUACUUUUGUCAGAGUCGCCCGUUAGAAGGCGAUUGAUUUUCGGCUUCCAUUUGGCAGCGUGUAUUUGCCAAUUACUGAUGUUCACCUACAGCUGCGACUGCAUCAUACAAGAGAGCUCGAGCGUGGCCUCGGCGGUGUACGACGGGCCUUGGCCAUCGCUGUCGGAGGGCGGAAGCGGUCGAACAAUGCGCAAAGACUUGACACUCGUCAUUCUGAGGUCUGGCGUGCCUUGCUGCCUAACGGCCCGGGGAUUCUUCGUCGUGUCUCUGGAAACGUACACCAGGGUUUUAAGUACUGCAAUAUCAUAUUUUACAUUAUUAAGGCAAAGUACUUUAGAAAUUGAUUAAUAGAAGAGUCGAGGUUUAUUUUGAAUUGAAAGCGUUGGAACAAGCGCGGACAACGCUCGGAGUAGUGGGAAAAAUCGAGGAGUAGGGAGAGUGCCAUGCGUCAAUGGCUUGCGUUAUGCGAAGCGAGACGGAAGUGGAACAAGUUUGCUCCAUCUCUGUUUUAUUUUAACAUAUAUCUCUUAAUAAAUUAUACAACCGUUCGAUGCUUAUAAAUAAUAAAUAAAUACUUUUGUAUUUGUGAUUAUUUUGGCCCCCAAAAAAUGCUUUGUUUUUUCAAAAGCAAACGGUUUGUAUGUUUAUUAAUUAGAAAUGGAAACAAGGAAUGCUUUGGUUCGAUAUAUGGACAGAUUUGCCGGUAUCGAAAAUUACGAAAUACUGUUUCUUAUACAAGUAAUUUAAAUUUAUAUUAUUAUUAUUUGAUCAAUAAAUUUCGAUGAGUUAAAAUUA